GGGCAGUCAGCUGAGAUCACUGUGGAGAGAAGAGUGAACGAGAAAGACAGGAAAAAGGUUACAAAUCUGGUGGAAGAAAGCAGUCUCAAGAAUACUGUGUUAUUCUUAGUGAACAAAACUAACAGCAGAGGCUGCUCAUCUGCUGGAUAAGUUAUUCUGUGGAGGGAGAGACUGAACGUCUCGAGCAUUGAACAUGUUUGUUCUCAUCUGGUCGGCUCUGUUUGUCUCUGUAAAAGGCAGCAUUGCUGACACAGGUGCCUCAGCCUGGGGACGACAACAACUCUGUAGAGACAAAGGAUACUGUGUUACUCUGAGUAAGAGAAAACUAACAGCAGAGGCUGGACUCUGUGUUGUGAUCCCGUGUUCUUUCACUACUGCUGAUGAGUUUACUCCCAAACAUAUAAUUUGGUACAAAUGUGAUGCAUCUCCAACAAAAUGUAGUGAUGAUGAAAUAAUAUUUCACAGCAACAAAACCACAGACAAAAAAGUUCAGUCUGGGUUUGAAGGACGAGUGUCACGUUUGGAGCCUGAUGUGAGUCAGAAAAACUGCAGCAUCAUCAUUAAUGAUCUCAAAGAGUCUGAUUCUGGAUUUUAUCAGCUCAGAGUUACUGGUGUACGGAAUGGACAACAAGAUGGAUUCACAUUCAUUCCAAGAGUAACUGUCUCUGUUAAAGGUCUUAAUCAGAAGCCCACAGUAAUGAUUCCCACACUGACAGAGGGACAACAGGCCACACUGACCUGCACUGCUCCUGGUCUCUGCUCUGGAUCUGUUCCUGAAAUCACCUGGACAUAGAGAGGAGCAGGAGG